GUCGCACCGUCGUGCAGUAAGCCGCCCCGUCGUGACUCCAGAACAGAGCUUCCUCAAAGAAAGGUUGUUUGAAUGCCAACUGGUAAAGCAACGAGGCACACGAUAAUUUGCAACAUCAUGAGUAAGCAUGAUACGUCCGUCGGAACAUCGGUGGAUUAAUGCGCACCCACUCCCCCAUCCCCAACCCCUUCAUCGACUGCAAGCCAGCUUACCACGCCUGCUAUCCAGACAAUUACACGGAGAUGGCUCAUCCGAUUUCGCAGGGGAUCUCUCGCUUAUUCUGCCUUCGUUUCCACAGGCCUGCCGUGAUCGUUGACCGCUCUGCAGCGCUUUUCUGGCUCGGGCCACUUGCGCUCCUCUGCCACACAGCUUGGCAUGUCUGGGGGCCGGGCGCAGUAGGCCCACUUCGCUGUAAGGCGUCCACGAUGAACAGCGCAGGCGCCCAUGCCACCCCAGUGGUCUCGCGGCGGCUGCCGACCGUCGGCCCUGUCGGAGCCCGCGGCCAGCUGCAGGUGCCCGGGAAGGCCGCCCCUGGGCAGUUGGACCAUAAGAUGCCGACGAUCCAGAAGACAAUCGAGUCCAUGGUGAGCACCGGCAGCCAGGCACAGUAUUUCAAGCCCGAUCAGACCAUCAUCAUCUUCGAUUGGGACGACACGUUGUGUCCAUCCAGCUGGAUCCGCGCCAACAAGCACCACCUGAGCUUCUUCAAGCCCGCGCCGAAGACCGAGCACUUCCAGCGGCCUCUGCGUGAGCUUCAGCGGGAGUGCGAGGCACUUCUGACAAUGGCUAUCAAGUUGGGCAACGUUGUCAUCGUGACCAAUGCUGUUCACCCGUGGGUGGAGACAUCUUGCCGAAACUUUUUGCCAAGUCUUCUGCCUUUGGUCAGCUCGCUGCCUAUAAUCUACGCGCGUUCUGUCUAUGAGACAUACUGUUGCGAGCCUGCCACGCAGGUACCCCGUGGCUCCGCUGUGGAUGCAGUGCGGGCAGCCGGGCAGCGUGCCAUGCCCGGGAUGUACAACGCUUUCGGGCAGAACAGGUUGCACGGUCACAACUCACGUUUCACCCCGCGCCAGAUCGACAUGGACCCACAGCGCUGGAAGGAGGUCGCGUUCGAGCAGGAGAUAGCGGGCUUCUAUUCACGCUACCAGCACCAGAGUUGGAAGAACGUCGUCAGUAUUGGUGACUCCAUAUUCGAGCGCGACGCUGUGAAGCGGGUGGUGCCCAAUCGCACUUCCACAAAGAAGAGGUGCCGCACCAAGACGUUGAAGUUGUUUGACGACCCGAGGAUGGAGGAGCUGAUUGCACAAGUAAGGGUGGUCCGUGACGUUCUCUGCCCCAUGGUCCAGUACGAUGGUGAUUUGGACAUCGAGCUUGGCGAGGAUGACCUGAACAUUGAUUCGGCGCUCCUGCUUGAGAAGAUAUCGAACGCGUAGGCAGCGUCUGAAUCGAUUUCUCAUCAUACAUCUUCGAGUUUACUUGACCGGUUCACGUCUUUCAUCCUUUUAUCAGGCCACACCUUCGGAAGCGGCCCUCUCUGUGAGCUCCGUCCCACUACCCAGCUUGUGCUUCGGGCCAACCACUCAUUCAGGUGCUAACCUCGCAAGCAUCCAGUGGUUGUGGUCGAUCGGAGUGUGCGCCGAUUCCACUGAUUGCGUUUUCUUCACGCGUUUUUGAUUUGCCGGCGCCCAACUUCAAGUGGGUCCUCAGGCCUCGCGUGUUUGUGCGUUGAUUUUUUUGGACCAUGGAAUGAGCCUUCUCUCGUCUCAAUUGGUGUCAUUCCUGCGUCAUUGACGAUUUGAUUCGAUUUGUUUGACAUGCAAUUCAAAGCGUUCGCCUUGUGGCUCAGCUUCCCACUCCAGCCAUGUGGCAUACCGUCAUUGGGUAGUGCAUGCACGUGUCGGGUGCGAAUGCACGCUUGCCGGCACCGGUUCUCGCCCACUGCGGACCCCAUAUCCAAUAUUCACUGAGGCUCGGCUCUGCGCGGGCGCCAUCGCAGAAUGCGAACUCCAAGAGGCUCCUGCGGGCAGGCACACUGCGGGGGCA